AUGGGUUGUGUUAAUUCCAAGCAAAACAAAUGUAGUCAUUGCAACACCCCUUAUUCCCCAGUACCUAGAAGCUACUCGAUGCAUGUUCAUCAUCCACCUCAAAGCAAAGGGGAUAGUUACCAUGUUGUGGCACUGACAUCAACUACAUUAGGUUCUCUGGACCUGCAGGUAUCUCACAACCAUGCCAAUGGUUUCGGGUUUUCCAAAGGCAAGGUCAGUGACAGUGACAGUGACAGUUUCAAGCAACAGGAGAAGAAUGAGGCCAUGACAUGGUCCAAUAUGAUUGAGCAAAAGUUACCAAAAGCUAUUCCCAAAACUCCAAUCACAACACCACCACCCUGUGAGCCUGAGACUAUCAACACAUGGGAACUGAUGGAAGGCCUUGAAGACACAAGCCCUUUCAGAUCACCAAAGCAUUUCAAGAGCUUCUCUUUUGAUCCACCCAAGUCUAGUUUCGUAGAGAAUGACUCUGAUUCAAACAAACCCAUUUGGCUUCAGAUGAUGACUGAGGAGGCAUCAAAUCUCAAUGCUGGAGUUUCAGAUUCUGAUGAGCUUCAAGUUGAUUCAUCAUUCCAGAAGUCAUCGCUAGAGAAGCAAGAGAGUAUGGCUAGUAAGGUAUUCUCUUUUGAGGAAAAGAAAAUCAGUGAUGAUGUUGUUAUGGAUUUUAAUCCUGCCCCAUUUGGGAAGGACAAGGUGGUGUUGUAUUUCACAAGCCUGCGUGGGGUGAGAAAGACUUAUGAGGAUUGCUGCAAUGUGAGGCACAUUCUGAAAGGAUUGGGUGUGAGGGUGGAUGAGAGAGAUUUGUCAAUGCAUUUGGGGUUCAAGGAGGAGCUUAAAGAACUGUUGGGUCAUGAGUUUGGUAAGGGAGGAUUGCCAAGGGUGUUUAUUGGGAGGAGCUACAUUGGUGGAGUUGAGGACAUUCAGAAACUGCAUGAGGAUGGAAAACUUGAGAAAUUACUUGAUUGUUGUGAAAAGAUUGAUGAUAGUAAUGGAGGUGAUGCUGGGGGAGUAUGUGACGCCUGUGGGGCUAUAAGGUUUGUGCCUUGUGAAACCUGCUAUGGAAGUUGUAAAAUCUACUAUGAAGAUGAUGAUGAUGAAGAAGAAGAUGGUGAGGUGGGUGAUUAUGGAUUCCAGCGUUGCCCUGAUUGCAAUGAAAAUGGGCUAAUCCGAUGCCCCAUGUGCUGCUAUUAG